AAUUCGUUUAUAGCGAGCACACCAGCGAACCAGAGAUUCAUCAGAGUGGCGAUGGCCCCGAGCGCGUCGAUGCUGUUCCUGAGCUACCACCAGCUCCACAGGCCGACGGAGGUGGGGACGCCGCCGCCGCCGCCGCGCAGGGAGGCGGCUGCCCCCGGUGGCUUCUGGAGGAGGAUGAGCGUGAGCAGCGUGCUCUCACCCGCUUUGUUGCAGUGGCGGCCGGAGGGGGAGGCGACACUGCACGAGCGCGACGCCGGCGAGGAGAUCAAGUCAUCGGCGCCGGCCGACGCUGAUAAGGAGCUGGAAAGCAAGUUCGAGGAGGCGCUGCGCCUCAGCUGCUGGUCUUCAUGAGCAUCCAUCCAUCAUGGGGAACGGAGAGACGCGAGCGUGCCGCUGAAUCGAAGCGACCUCUCCUCUAAACAGCCGUCCUGUAUAUCUUCCUCCGUGUAUCAAAAUCCAUCCUUUUGCUUUAGAUUUUUGUACAUUUGUAAUCGUCACAUCCGCUCAAAUAUGUUAUAUAUAUUUUAGUUUGGAGCA